ACAUUAAACAGUCCAAAACACAAAAACUCCAAAAGAAAAAAGAAAAUGGCUUCAACUUCAACACUUCUAAUGAAAACAAUCUUCAUCGUACUCAUCUUUGUCUCUUUCACAAUCUCUCCAGCAUCUUCGACAGUGCCGGAAGAAUGCGCAAGCGAAUCAGCGAACCCCUGCGUCAACAAAGCCAAAGCUUUGCCCCUCAAAAUCAUAGCAAUCAUCACAAUCCUAGUCGCAAGCAUGAUUGGUGUUGGAGCUCCUCUCUUUAGCCGUUCCGUGCCGUUCCUCCGACCCGACGGAAACAUUUUCACUGUUGUCAAGUGUUUCGCCUCAGGGAUCAUCCUCGGAACAGGUUUUAUGCACGUUUUGCCUGAUUCUUUUGACAUGUUGUCAUCCAAAUGUCUUGAAGAGAACCCGUGGCAUAAGUUUCCCUUCACGGGGUUUCUCGCUAUGUUGUCCGGUCUAAUCACUCUAGCCAUCGAUUCCAUGGCUACGAGCCUCUAUACUAGCAAGAACGCAGUUGGGAUCGUGCCCCAUGGCCAUGGUCACGGCCCUGCAAAUGAUGUUACCUUACCAACAAAAGAUGAUGAUGAUUCUGCGAGUGCACAACUUUUGCGUUACCGAGUCAUUGCUAUGGUGUUGGAGCUUGGAAUCAUAGUUCACUCUGUGGUGAUUGGACUAUCUCUAGGAGCAACCAACGAUACUUGCACCAUUAAAGGACUCAUCGCAGCUCUUUGCUUCCAUCAAAUGUUCGAAGGCAUGGGCCUAGGCGGUUGCAUUCUCCAGGCUGAAUAUACAAACAUGAAAAAGUUUCUUAUGGCCUUCUUUUUCGCGGUUACAACGCCAUUCGGAAUAGCGUUAGGAAUCGCUCUUUCCACCGUUUACAGAGAAAACAGUCCCAACGCGUUGAUCACUGUUGGACUACUCAAUGCAUGCUCCGCCGGUUUACUCAUCUACAUGGCGCUCGUGGACCUUCUAGCCGCCGAGUUCAUGGGGCCAAAGCUUCAAGGUAGCAUCAAAAUGCAGUUCAAAUGUUUCGCAGCCGCUCUUCUCGGGUGCGGUGGAAUGUCGAUUCUCGCCAAAUGGGCCUAA